CUGUGGUGCUGAACCUAAUGCUUAUUGCAGCGUUUCUCUGCUCAUCCUGUCUCUGUCCGGCGCUGCGGUGCUGAGUCCCUUCGCUGAAUCUUGGCGCUGUGCUGUUGAAUACGGCCGCUAUCCGGCGCUGUGGUGUCUCUGUUCGACCUGGAGCUGGCGUGGGUUCGGCGGUGUUUCUUUACCAAUCUCCUGUUUCCAGUGAGAAUGUAAACGGUGAUUCUCUUCGCUACCACGCACUGAGCGAUGAGACCGGGACAUCCGGCAUCUGCACCGCGGUACCAUGGACGAAGACCUCUUCCAGCUACGGCAUCUACCUGUGGUGAAGUUCCGUCGCACCGGUGAAAGUACAAGGUCAGAAGAUGACACCUGUUCUGGAGAGCUCGAGAUUGAGAUAGAAGGAGUGCGGUCUGAGCUAGAACCAGUUGAGCUGGAUGAUGCAGGCACUGUCCCCAAAGAUUUUGCAAACCCUACAGAUGAUGUGUUCAUGGUGGAGGAUGCUGUGGAGGCCAUUGGAUUUGGGAAGUUUCAAUGGAAACUCUCAGUCCUUACUGGACUGGCAUGGAUGGCCGAUGCCAUGGAGAUGAUGAUCCUCAGCAUUCUUGCACCUCAGCUACACUGUGAGUGGAGAUUGCAGAGCUGGCAGGUUGCCCUCAUAUCCUCGGUAGUGUUCAUAGGAAUGAUGUCCAGCUCAUCGCUAUGGGGAAAUAUAUCCGACCAGUAUGGUAGGAAGACAGGUCUGAAAGUUAGUGUACUCUGGACAUUGUACUAUGGAGUACUGAGUGCCUUUUCACCAAUCUACAGCUGGAUCCUCGUACUUAGAGGCUUAGUGGGCUUUGGGAUUGGAGGUGUUCCACAAUCGGUAACACUAUAUGCAGAAUUCCUUCCAAUGAAGUCGAGAGCAAAGUGUAUUUUACUAAUAGAGGUAUUCUGGGCCUUUGGAACAGUAUUCGAGGUGUUGCUGGCAGUGAUGGUGAUGCCUACGCUGGGCUGGCGCUGGUUACUCAUUCUUUCUGCAGUGCCUCUUAUGAUUUUCGCCAUUUUGUGUUUUUGGCUUCCAGAAAGUGCACGUUACGAUGUAUUAUCUGGGAACCAAGAAAAAGCGAUUGCCACAUUAAAACGCAUUGCUACAGAAAAUGGAGCACCAAUGCCACUUGGAAAAUUGAUAGUUGCCAGACAGGAGGACCGUGGACGAAUUUGGGACCUCUUCACACCACAGUUUCGAAUAACCACUGUCCUUUUAUGGUUCAUUUGGUUUUCCAAUGCUUUCUCCUAUUAUGGACUGGUUCUAUUAACCACAGAGCUUUUCCAGGCAGGUGAUGUGUGUAGCAUGUCGACAAGUGGCAAGAAACCUGAGGGAAGGUGUACACUGGAAUGUAAAUACUUAAAUGCUACUGACUACACAGACCUUCUUUGGACCACAUUGUCAGAAUUUCCAGGUGUCUUAAUAACAUUAUGGAUUAUUGACCGGAUUGGACGAAAGAAGACAAUGGCAGUGUCUUUCCUUAUCUUUUCAUUUUUCUCUCUGCUGUUGUUCGCAUGUGUUGGGAGGUUGGCUCUCACUGUAUUCCUCUUUAUUGCCAGAGCUUUCAUAUCCGGUGGUUUUCAGGCUGCAUAUGUUUAUACUCCUGAGGUUUACCCAACUGCAACCCGUGCAUUAGGAUUAGGAACGUGUAGUGGGAUGGCACGAGUGGGGGCUCUCAUCACUCCUUUCAUUGCACAGGUUAUGUUGGAAUCCUCAAUCUACCUGACACUUUCCGUAUAUAGUGGAUGCUGCCUAUUGGCAGCCCUUGCUUCCUGUUUCCUACCAAUUGAGACGAUGGGGCGAGGCCUGCAAGAGUCCAGCCAGCGGGAAUGGGGCCAGGAAAUGGUGGGCAGGACACAUUGCUCAAGCAGCUCAACCAGGAGCACCUAGAAUGAAUUUGUCACAACAGCAACCAGACCAAAAAUGGCCUCACAGGAAGCAGACAGCAUCAAAAUCAUUACUAAUAUACACUUAUUCUUCUGGUUAAUAAGAAAUGGUGUGAGUAUUAAGAUGGGAAACAAAUGUAGUAUUCUGCAGGCGCAUAUAUAAGCUAAAGGAAACCACAACCUUCCCGUGCCCCAUCAGUUUUGUGAUGUCAAACUAAAGGGCACGUAUAAAGGAUUGGAAAGUAAUGGUAGGAUUUAAUGUAGAAUGUAAGGGGUGAGCCCUGUCGUUCAUACCUUGCCAUUUACCCAACCAUAGUACAGACAAGCUUUUUUACUACAAACUGCUAUGGCAUAAUCCUUUCCCUUACUGUGAAUCAACCCCAUUCACUGAUAAUGCAAAUAUUUGCAAUAGAAAAUACAAUGUUUAUGAAUAAAUGAAUUGAAAACUAUUAUGGGAAUCCAUUAAAGCUCAAGAGGCUGAAUUAAACAAUCUCCUACAGCAGCUAUACAGGCUCAUUUUCAAUGAUUCAUAACUCUUUUACACCAAAGUAGAAAAUAGGCACUGACAGUGCACUAUUCAAAUAAGAACUCAGCUGAUGUGAUGCCAAGUGGGAACAAACUGGUGCACAUGGAUUUGUCUUUAACAUUGCAUAGAGCAUCAAACUAACAAGAAGAAGUUUCUACGAGACAGGUAAAACAGCAAGCCAUAGUAAUCUUUGCAAUAGAAAGAUUAGUUUGUAUUAUCGAGGUUUGUCUGUCAUGCUGUACUAUGUAGUGGGAUUGCUUAAUAAACUUGUAACUUUAAACAAUAAAAAUGUGUUUGAGGUUGCGCCUCUUUGUGGAAAACUCAGUUAUGUACUGAGAAACUAAAUAUUUUCAACAGGAAAUGUAUUUAUGUUAACAUUUAUAUGCCACAACUAUGGCAACCUACUAAACUUCAAUGAGCUGGAAGUGCAUCAAGUGUAUUGCUAAGCAGGUGAUAUCUUAAAUAUGAAUCUCUUGCUGGAAAGAAAAUCAAUAUCUAAGGUGCCAUCUCCUGUUGCUUAUGCUAAUAGACAGUAUCCUGUUCUAAGUGGUCACAGUAAGUCAUUUCUUAUUGCAAAUAUUAGACUUGAUUAUUCCUUUUCAUUAAUCAUUAAUGAGAUUAUAAAAGGACCUUCAUUGGUAAAUGCUGAUGGGGUUAUAGGGAUAGAAGAGGUUAGAAUUAUGAAGGAGUCAUCAAUGGUUUUUAAGAUGUGGUAAAGAAUGCUAAAUUGGAAAUGUUAAAAGAACUGAGUCAACAUUGCUCAGCAAGAACAAGAGUGAUAAAUACGUUGGAGAUGAACAAUGGGCUGCAGUAAUUUGGAUGAGCUGUAAUUUACCGAGGAUGGGAAGCCAUUCAGGAGAACAUUUGUGUGUUUGGAUUUAGAGGGGACAAGAAAAUGGAUGUAAAUUCCAGCAGCAGAUGUUCUGAGGCACAGGAAGACAUGAUGUCACAAAGCAACAUUCUGUCAAAGUGGUGUGGCUUGCAUGUGGGCAGAUGCUGCAAUGAUCUAUGAUUUGCCAUCAAUUGUGGCAAUCACUUCCACUGGCUGAAGUCAUUGCCAGGUACCGGCCUUGAAAGCUUGUCCAGACAGUAAGAAAAUUACAGGAUACACUGUUACAGAGGUGAAAGUAGAUGGUUCUUCGAGUGAAAGGAUCACAAGAACAGUGCAGGACUAAAUAACAUGCUGACCUUGUAAACAUUGGUUCAAUCUGAGGUCGUGUCUAAAAAGGGGAUAGAAUUUUCAGCAAGAGUACAGAAUUGACCUGAAACUGAUGUCUUCUGAGAGAACUGAUUAGUGUACCAAGCCCAUGGAGUGGUUGAACAUUUGGUUAAUGCUCUAGUACUGACCUUAGAUUCUAGCUAGUUGGAAAUGGUCAAUUAGCCAGGUUUGGCUGAUGAGCAAUUAACCUUUCAGGCACAACUUACAGGAGAUCUAACAAUGAAUAAAAAACUUGCCAUGGCAAUACAAUGUCAAUAGUAGUUUUAGCUAGAAUUGGAAAUGCAUGGACGCGGUUAAAAAGUUGUCUAAUCAUACAAGUAACCACUGAAGAAGGAAUAUAAAUAAUUUACCUGCAUUGGGAGUAAAAAAAAAUGACGGUAGAAGAUAGGGGAAAACAAUCAGAUUAAUUUUGUAUAGUACUAGUUAACAAUACAACAAACAUUUUGUUUACAUAGUGUGUGUCUUUCCUAACAGUUAGAUUAUUGUGGCAAAUUGACUGUAUCAUGCUGUAAGUUAAUAACUGUUGCUGAUUCUGAAGCAGUACAGUGAUAAACAUCAGGUCCUGGAUUACUCAUGAGCAUCACCACAAGAGAUCUAUUAGUUUAAACUAUAUUAAAAACUCAGAAUAUUUGGGUGGUGGUUGUAAACUGUUCAACUUUGAGAUUCAGGUCAGCUCUCAUAUCCUCAAUAAAUUUUAGCCUAAAACACACUCUUGGUCAAGUUGUCAUAAACCAUGCCAAAUCCUUGGCUGCUACCCAGCCUUCAAUUUUCUCUUGGUCAUGUUACUUCAUGCAUCAACCAACUGAAUCGGUCAAAUGGAUGAUACUUGUAACUUGCACUAACAAUUGGAACAUGCUCCUUGAUUAGGCUUCAGCCUGUUAUUCACUCCAAAGAAUUAUUUUUGCUGAUUUAAUUGCUAAGGGCACUUAUUAACAGUGAUACUGCACAUUCUUUUCUUAACCAUGUUAGCAAGCUCAAAGUUCAUUGUACUGAAACUGUGUAAUAUUAGUUAUAGUACACAAAACAGGACAUACAAAUUAGUUUUAGUUCUGUUACUAAUACCAUUGUACAAUUAUGACCAAAACAUUUAUGCAAAUCUAUGAAAGUCAAGUGGAAAUAGGCACAUAUCUAGGAAACAUUCAUUUAUUUGCAAAUUUCAUUCUGUUCAAGUCUACAACCUUUGCCAAAUAUAUUCUGGGAAAGGAGGGCAGCUUGGAGCCAAUGUCCUUGGUUUCCUUUCUGCUUACUACUAAGCAGGAAGCAAUAGAAUUUCUCAAACAAACUCCAUUGCAUUAUUAGAGGGGGCUUGGGUCUCUCUAUGCAUUGGGGUUAAGGUGAGUUUGUGUUGCAGGUAUCACUUUGUUCUUGUUUCAAACUGUGUUUGUGAAUACCAGUUCUCAAAUAAUCUGGCUUUCCUGUGAUAAUGGGGACUGUUAUCUUGGAUUCUCCAGCAUCUGCAAAGUGUGGAGCUGGAUGAACACAGCAGGCCAAGCAGCAUCGCAGGAGCUCCUGAGAUGCUGCCUGGCCUGCUGUGUACAUCCAGCUCCACACUUUGUUAUCUUGGCUUUCCUGUGAGGUCUUUUUAUUCCAAACAAUAAGAAUGUGUUCAACGUAAAUUCAAAUGUGAACUUCAUAGCAUAUUAAUAAAUUAAUGCUGUGCUUCGAUAGUCAUUGUGCACCUACAGAUUGGGUUUAUCAGGUGAGUACUGUCUCGUGUUUGAAUGUAUUUUACUUGUUCUCGAAGCAUUGAACUGGAGCAUUUUACUGUUUACAAAAUAUAUGCAGUGCUUGCAUGACAGCCUGUCACUGGUUAACUUUUUUUUGAUUUGAUGUAAAUAAGCUACUUCAUAGCAAUGGAACAAAAAUAUACUUAAUG